ACCCUCCUAUCCUUCGAAACGCCAAUCAAUCAAAAAUCUACACACACAAUUACAUAUAUAACCACCACUUCACCACCUUCGUCUCUCUGCCUUUCUAGAUACCUCUCCUCUCUCUCUCUCUCUCUCUCACUCUCGCUCUCUCUCUAGAUCGGAGCUCCGUGCCGUCUUCAAUGGCUACUGCUGCCACUUUGAACCCCACCGAUGCCGAAAAGCUCUCCAAGUUCAAAUCCGCUGUCGCUAGCCUACCUCAAAUCAGCGAGAACGAGAAAUCUGGCUGUAUAAACCUCGUCGCUCGUUAUCUCAGUGGCGAAGCGCAAUACAUCGAAUGGAGCAAGAUCCAGACACCAACCGAUGAGGUGGUGGUCCCUUACGACAGCUUAGCACCUACGCCCGAAGAUCCUGUGGAAACUAAGAAACUUUUGGACAAACUUGUUGUGUUAAAGCUUAAUGGAGGCUUGGGAACCACAAUGGGUUGUACUGGUCCUAAAUCUGUCAUUGAAGUUCGUAAUGGAUUGACAUUCCUUGACCUAAUUGUCAUCCAAAUUGAGACCCUCAACUCCAAGUAUGGAAGUAAUGUGCCUCUUCUACUAAUGAACUCAUUCAACACCCAUGAUGAUACACAAAAGAUUGUUGAGAAAUAUGCCAACUCAAACAUUGAGAUCCAUACAUUUAAUCAGAGCCAGUAUCCUCGUUUGGUUGUUGAAGAUCUUAUGCCACUGCCGAGCAAAGGAAAUACUAGCAAGGAUGGAUGGUAUCCUCCUGGCCAUGGUGAUGUUUUCCCAUCAUUAAAGAAUAGUGGAAAGCUUGACACCUUAUUAUCACAGGGAAAGGAAUACGUCUUCGUUGCGAACUCAGAUAACUUGGGUGCUGUUGUUGAUCUGAAAAUCUUAAAUCAUUUGGUCCGAAACAAGAACGAGUACUGUAUGGAGGUGACACCCAAAACAUUAGCUGAUGUUAAAGGUGGCACGCUGAUUUCAUAUGAAGGAAAGGCUCAGCUGCUGGAGAUUGCACAAGUUCCUGAUGAACAUGUCAAUGAAUUCAAGUCAAUUGAGAAGUUCAAAAUUUUCAAUACCAACAACUUGUGGGUGAACUUGAGCGCAAUAAAAAGACUUGUUGAAGCAGAUGCACUGAAAAUGGAGAUCAUUCCUAACCCUAAGGAAGUGGAUGGGAUCAAAGUUCUUCAGCUGGAAACAGCAGCUGGUGCUGCAAUUAAGUUCUUUGAUAAUGCUAUUGGUAUUAAUGUUCCUCGAUCUCGAUUCCUUCCGGUGAAAGCAACUUCAGAUUUGCUUCUUGUCCAGUCUGAUCUUUACACCUUGAACGAUGGCUUUGUGGUUCGAAACCCUGCUAGGGCCAAUCCCGCUAAUCCCUCUAUCGAACUGGGACCUGAAUUUAAAAAGGUUGCCAACUUCUUAAGCCGUUUCAAGUCCAUUCCAAGUAUCCUCGAGCUUGAUAGCUUGAAGGUGACUGGUGAUGUCUGGUUUGGAGCUGGCAUUGUUCUCAAGGGGAAGGUGGUCAUUGCUGCAAAACCUGGAGCGAAGUUGGAGAUCCCGGAUGGAGUUGUGAUUGAAAACAAGGGAAUCAAUGGCCCGGAGGAUCUUUAAAGCUGUUGCUCGUCUUAAACUUGUAAUACCCGGCCUUGUUCGUUUUGACCGGUGUAAAAUUUCAUAGUAGUACAAAUAAAUGGUUAAUUUUGUUUUCUGAUUAGAAUGCUUGUGGAGCCCUUGCUGUUAUGAUGCCAAGCCCUAUUUUGUGACUUCAUUUUCAACCAUGUCUGUAUUUUAAGCCCUCAUUGAGCUAUUAUGUUAAAUUGUCACCUUGAGCCUCCAAGUUGAAAAUAACUCAUUUGUUUCGGCUUCA